UGGAUGUGUAAUUGAUACCUGGCAUACCUGGCUACCUGGCAUGCAUAUUUGUACAGCUCUUGCCAUCCAUUCAUGACCCCACAGCAAGCUGGGCAACUGCUGGUGCACGGAUAUAAUCCGCACUCCAAUAAAAUCGCAUACCAAUUGGGCAUCCCUCCCUUUCUCUCCAAACCAUCCUCGUCGACACCAUCCAAAUUCGGUCAAAGGUCAAGCGGUCUUAAUUCAGGUGGAUAUCGGAGCUACUGUCACGUUGAUUUUCAACCCCUUAUGACAAACACGGAUUCAGAUUCGGAUGCAGAGCCGGAUAGCUCCCCGAACAGGCCGGCGCCGCAAACACCACCAGAGAGCGCCAAGGCGGAGCAUAGCCCCCUGUCACCAUUACACUAUGCUCCGACAACACCACCCCAAUCAUCACCACCAGCCUCUCCGUCCUUUAGUCUUCACUCCUUAGGCAUGUCCCCGUUCUCCCCCAUGCGCCGUCAGUUUUCAUCUCCACUCGCUAGAUCAUCCUCGCCUCUACACUCACAAGAGACGGAGCAUUCCGACGAAGAGGAACUCGUACAAGAUAGCAAAGAUGUUCUGGUUCAACGACUGAAUGACCUUGCAGCCCAGCUAAGCCGGCAGGAUCAUAUCAAGGGAGACGAUGUAUAUGGUCUCCAUGCCAAGGUGGACGAGAUGGAGAGAGUCUUAUCUACGAAAGACCAUCAUUCAUCGGUUUGGACACCGCGGCGGACACCACGGAGAUCCAGACCUACCAGUUUGAUUCUUCAGAAUAGCAGAAAUGAGCACGACCCCUUUUUGGGAUUGUCAAAGCUGGGACGGAUGAUGCCUGGAAUUCCAAACAUACCGUUGCCUAUUCAGAAGUCUUCGUCAACCCAGACGACUGGAAAUCCGAUGUCGGCAGCAGUGUCAGAUCGGAUUGCUCGAGAAGCACAGAACCUGUGCAAAGAACUAGAAGACGUCAUCUCGAACCUGCGAGCUCGACAAGAAGAGUCGGAUCACAUCCACGAAUUGCUCAUCACACGCGCAGAACGAGCCGCGCAGAGGAUCAUUCAACUUGAAAAGAGGAUCAAAGAACUGUAGGUUAAGCCAAGACGCCCUAUCGGAGUGUAACGCGGUGCUAACGGUCUCGGCAAAGCGAAAGGGAACGGAAUGAAGGUGAGAUGGAAAUGCUGAAAACGCCGAUCAAGAAUUG